AUCUUACCUAACACAUUAGGUUUCUAGAUCGUGAUUCCAUCCAAUCAAUUCUCACCGGAUACACCCCAUUUACUCACCGUCUUCCAAUACCUACUCUAUACUCAAUACUUAAUGCUACAUCAUACUAAAAUUACAACGACAUAUUUGCAAGCCAAGACCAACAACAUCAAAGUUACCCCCCAGGAGAAGUGCUGUACGACGCGCAUAAGAGAAGAAGAGUCAAUGACCUGAAUGAGCUUCGCCUAAGCUCGUCGGUCGAGCAUGUCAGCAAAUAAGGCUGCCCGUGUGGGCGAAGAGAUUUGGAAAGGUCGUAUUGAUAAGGUCAACGCCGAGCUCGUUACCUUGACUUACGGUACCAUAGUCGCGCAACUAUGUAAAGACUUUGAGGGCGAUUAUGUCGAGGUCAACAAACAGUUGGAUAGGAUGGGUUACAACAUCGGUCUGCGAUUAAUUGAAGAUUACCUUGCCAAGUCUAAUACUAUGAGACGAUGCUCGAAUUUCCGGGAGACGGCCGACAUGAUCGCAAAGGUCGGCUUCAAGAUAUUCCUUAACAUCACACCGACCGUAACAAAUUGGACAAGCGACAGUAAACAAUUCUCCCUCGUCUUCGAAGAGAACCCAUUAGCCGAUUUCGUCGAACUACCAGAUGAUGGCAGAGCACAGGAUGAGCUAUGGUACUCAAAUAUAUUUUGUGGUGUUCUAAGGGGUGCGCUUGAGAUGGUUCAGAUGCAAGUCGAAGCACACUUCAUUAGCGACGUACUACGGGGGAACGAUACCACCGAGAUGAGAAUAUCCUUAAUCAGAUAUAUCGACGAUGAGCUACCGCCGGAAGAUGAUUAGUCUAAGCGGUCUGUGGCGAGGACAUGUAUGAUUGGACGUGGUAGACGGCCAGGUUCGGCGAAUAUGGUCAGCAGUUCCGACUCUGCCGACCUAACGAGAUUAGUUGGUAAUGACUGUAGCUAGAAGAAAAUUCUAGCAGUCCAUAUGAUAUCAAUUUUGAAUUUUUCGGAUGACACGGC